AUGACGGAAAAAUCAUCCAGCAAUCCAGAAUACAUUGCCCAACCCCCUGGCCCGUGCUGUUGGGCAGGCACUCUCCACGAAGGCAGCCCGCGCGGCGACGUGGAAGACAUUCUCGAAGUGCCCACCUACGUCAUCCGCCCGUCGGCUGUGAAGAACUCCCCGCCGCCCAACGGGCAUGUCAUUCUCUACUUCCCGGACGUGUGGGGUCUCUCCGUCAACGCCAAGUGCAUCAUGGACGGCUUCGCCUCCGUAGGCUACACGGCGCUCGGCAUGGACUUCUUCCGCGGCGACCCGAUCUCAAAGUAUCGCAACGCCAAGACCGAUCCGCUGCCGCCCGGGUUCGACCUGGCCGCCUGGCGCGCCAAGCACUGGAACUUUGCCACGGAGAACGUUCCCAAGUGGACGGCGGCUGUCAAGGAGAGGUUUGGUGCCGAGUUGAAGGCUGCGACGGGCAAGGAGGCGAAGUUUGCUUGCGUUGGGUAUUGCUUCGGGGCCCCGUUUGUGUGUGAUUUGCUUGCUGGGGUUGGUGGUGACGGGGAGCCGGUUGUUUCCGCUGGUGCGUUUGCGCAUCCGACGGCGUUGAAGGAGGAGCACUUCACCAGCAUCAAGAGGCCACUGCUGCUCUCCUGCGCCGAGAACGACCAAGCAUUCCCGACCGAAGCAAGGAGAAAAGCAAUCGAUUUCCUCCAAAGAGAAAAGAAGAUUUACCACCUACAGGUCUUUCAGGGCGUGUCACACGGUUUCGCGGUGAAAGGAGACCCCUCAGAUCCGUACCAGCGAUGGUGCAAGGAGCAGAGUCUUAGCGCCAUGAUUGACUGGUUCGACAUGUGGCUGGUUCAGAGCUCUUGA